GAACUCACAGCUACAGCAGGCGUUGUUUCUCGGCAUUGGUUCUGUCGCACUGAGACCGAAGACGUAUUUUGGUGAAGAGGUUGCAAAACGCGAUGCAGUCAUGUCGACAAAAUUGAGCUACGUACUUCGCGACUGACCUUGGUUUCACCGAGUUGGUGCCUGUGAUGCUACAGUCACGUUUGAAGAUAAGAACACGACCACUACAGAUGAGAUCUGUUUCUUCGACGCUAACUUCGUGUAGCAACGUUUGACGGCUAUCCAUCACUCCGCACGCGGAAACCACUGUUCUACAACAUGGGAAAAGAGCAGUCCAGGGCCGCAUGCACUUCAAAAGGUGACGUUGCGGACAAGGGGCCAGAUAGAUUCAAAAUUGGGGACCGCGUAGCAGUCACCAUGGACGUCGAAACCUUCAGGCUUCUUCAGAACGACUACGGCGGCUGGGAAGCUCAAAUGUCUCUUAUAUUUGGGAACGUCGGCAUCGUCCAGAGAGUGCUGCCCAAUGGUGGCAUCAUGGUUAAUUACAAGGUGGCCAAUGCCACGUGGCAGCUCAACCCUGUAGCAGUAGAAAAGCUCAUCGCCUACAAACCUGGAGAUAAAGUGAAAGUCUGCGUGACGCCUGAGGCGAUGAAGGAACUGCAAAAGGGUCAUGGUGGAUACUAUGAACACAUGAGGCCGUCAAUCGGAAAAGUGGGCAUAGUGCUCAGUUCCAUGCCUGAUUACGACGUGUAUGUGCGCGUGUGUAACAGAGUGUGGCUAUUUAACCCUCUAUGCCUGGAACCUGCUCCCAAUUCACCUAUAGACAACUCAGACAGCUCCAGUUCUCAGACUGCUGCAGACAAUAUGGUUGAUCUGGUCGGUAACCUUGAAGACUUGAGACAAGCGCUCGAACACUUCGGUGAGGUUGUACAGAGGGCUCGAAGACGUAGCCUCCAGGAGUCGCCCUUGCACACAGUGUGCUAUCACGGAAACGAAGACAUGGCAAAGACAUUGAUCGAUGCAGGAAAUGACGUUAACGUGAAAGAUAUAGAUGGCAACACACCUCUGCAUUACUGCGCGGUUGGGAAUGAGCCCGGUGCCAUGCGCCUUCUCGUGACAGCCAGAGCAGACUUGAAUGCUGUGAAUCACAGGAACCGGACUCCUCUGCACGUUGCUGCCUCCAAAGGGCACGCAGACUGCGUUCGGACCUUGCUCUCCUAUUCACGUAGGAUUAACGUAAACAUACAGGACGCCGCAGGGGACACGGCCCUGCACGAUGCCAUCACCUUCGACAGCACCGUAAUCGCCUGCCUCCUGAUUGAUUUCCGCGCCAUGGACUUGUCACUCCAGAAUAAAAGAGGCUUCAAUUCUCUGCAUCAUGCCUGCUUUAAGGGCAAUCACGAAAUUGCCGAGAGAAUCCUGUCGAAACGGCUGAACUUGCUGAAUGUGGCCAAAAAUGACGGCUUCAUGGCUUUGCACUUGGCGGCGAAAAACGGACACAUCCGGGUUGUGAAAACCUUGUUGUCGAAGAGGCAAUGCGACAUGAACGCCCAUGCUUCUAAAGGAGAGACGCCGCUAAUGCUUGCAGCACUCUUUGGUCACUGGGAUAUUGUCGAGAUCCUCGUCGAGGCUGGUGCUGACGUCAAUCGGCAGGACCAGGAUGGAGAUACUGUGCUUCACUAUGCAAUAAGCAGACACCACUUGAUUGCACUGCGUUCGCCGGAUACCUCAAACUCUCCCACCUUGUCAGCGAUUGCGCGAGAAUUGCCGAAUGAGCGCUUGGCUCCUCUUUGCUACCUUGCCAACCGGGGAGCCGACGUUUACAUACUGAACAACAAAGGCAUCUCGCCCUUGAGAAUGGCUGCCGCCACUGACACCUUAGAACAUAUCGGAGCGUGGGCUUCAAGAAGGCUGAAGCAGAACAGUCUGCUAGUCAAGACGUCGCAUUCAGCAACACCCAGUGAUCACGAAUUACCCAUCUCUUAG